AGGUCUCUUCAGUCACUCAAACAACCGCGACAGAGAAGGAGACUCUGUCCCAGAUUUUGCAAGAGAAGGACCAGCUCCAAAGAGAACAAGAGGACAGGAUUAAGAAUUUAACCAAACUUCUAGUCACCUCCUCAGACUUUGUUUCCAUCAAAAAGGUUGACUUUUAGUGCCUUACAGAUGCCGAAACGGAGGGUUACGUGGGAUGGAAAACUGCCAUCACCAGCCUUCCACCAUGCUGGAGAGUCUGACCUAAGCUUUGCUGAGCCUUUUCUCAAAAGGAGAAAAGCUGAUAUGUCUGUCUUGACAGAGCAGAAUGAGGAUGGCGAUGAGUUAGAUUCUACCCUUGACAUGGAGAUGAACCAGAGCAGUGUGACUGCGUAGUUUAGCAGAAAGUGAAUUUUUAUCUCCAAACCAGUUGAACAAAUUGUCUGGAGAUCCAGCUGGAAAAUGAGGCUCGGUAGAAGCAUGAGGCCAUGGAGAAAGUGGAGACUUUCGAGAGGAGGGUUGCCGAACUGGAGAUGCAGCUAGAGAAGUUGCAAAUGCCCACUGAUGCACAGCUGGAAAACGAAGUUCAGCAGAACCAGGAGGCCAUAGAGAAAGUGGUGGUUUUUGAGAGCAGGGUUGCUGAACUAGAGAAGCGGCUAGAAGGAAAAGUCACAAAUGCCUGCUGAUGCACAGGAGGCCAUGGUGAAGGUGGUGACCUUUGAGAGGAGGGUUGCUGAACUGCAGAAGAUGCUACAGGAAAAGUCUCAAAUUUCCACUGACUCACAGGAGCAGAUGAAAAGGGGAUUUGAGGAGACUAUUCAACUCUGUGAGACGUUGGUGUCUGAGAAGGAAAUGGUUGUUGCUGAGCGUGAUUAUCUCAAGCAGGAGCUCAACAUUCUAAUGGGAUGGACUGAAAACUUGAAGAAAGAAAAGGCUGCACUUCUUCAGGAGAUGGAGGAGUUCAAUUCUCUGGAAGAGGAGAGCAAAAGAGAAUAUGAGAAAGAACUACUGAAUGAAAUGUCCUCCUUAAAGAAGGCUGUGGAGGCAUCUGGAUGCAAAUCUCAAGAGCUUGAGGCUAAUCUGGUGGCAAUGUCAGAGGAGCUGAAAAAGAAAGACAACUGGGCAGAGGAACUGCAAAGAUCGAGUGACAUUGACUUGGUCCAACAAGUGAAGCAGCUGCGACACACUCUGGACGAUGCUGAGGGGCUGAGCCGUGACACUAGGAAGGAGUGGGCCCACCUGCGCAGUGAAAGUAUCUCACUCAAAGAGGGGGAUGUCACACUAACUGCUGGCUAUGAGAGGAUGGAAGCUGAGGGGAAUGGCCUUAGCUAUCAGUUGGAGACUGACCUUCAGAGGGAGUUACAGGGAGCCUUUGAGGAGAACACCAAGCUUACUACUCUCCUGGAUGGAAACGCUCCAAAAAAUCUCAUAGACAGCAUUGAACUUGAGAAAAAAGUUGCUGACCUGAAGAAAGAGCUGGAGAAGUCUCAUGAAGAUGAGAAAACCCUGCAAGCUAAGAUCAAGGAUUUGAGUGCACUGCAGGAUCUUCCAGAUAAAGUGGACAGUUUGAUGAAGCAGGUAUAUGUCCUCAAUGAGGAGAUGUGUGCAGUCCAAAUAGCGAGGGAGAGCCUGGUGUCUGCUAAGGCCUACUUUAAAGAGGAAGCUCAGAAACUCAGAACAUUUCCGGAGCAGCAAGUCAAACUGCUAGAUGACCUGAGCGAAGCAAAGUUGAGGGAAAAUGAUCUAACCCAUCAGUAAAUCGACAUCACUGAACAACUGGAGACUCUCCGUAAGGACUUGGUGUGCUCCUCUGUGGAGAACAGUCAGCUUCUUACUACUGUGGAAGAGUCCAGCCUGAAAGUAAGUUGGUCCUUGUCAAAUCACAUGACCUUCAAUUCGUUUUUUUAAAGGCUGUCCACCAACAAUGUAUUUUUUGAUUUAGCUGAAGGAGAAUGAAGAGCAUCGAGCAUAAAUUUAAAAUACAUUUUUUGGAAUGCAAGAAGUCAUGAAAGACUUGAAUGAGAAGCUUGCUGACAGUGAAUCAUCCAAGGAACAAAAUGACAAUCUAUCCCAAGAACACCAAGAUCAGGUGCAGUGUCUCUCAAAAUAACUAACUUCAGCUGUCUCUCUAUAGUAGGUAUUCAUUUGGUCAAUUUGUCCUUCAAAUAAGGCAGCUGAGUGAGGAGCUUGAAUCUAUCUCGCUCAGCUCGCACAAUCUCCUGUCUGAGAAGACAGACAGUCCUCAGAAUCAUGCAGAGGAGUUGGAGAAGCUGCUCUCUACUGUGACCUCCCUGACUGAAGAGAGAACCCAGCUCCAGGAGAUGCUGGGUGGAGUCAGAGAGGAGAGGAACCAGCUCAAGAGAGAACGGAGGAGAAUGUGGAGAUGUCCAUGAAAGUCCAGGAGGAGCUGAAACAGCAGCGACAUCUCAACUCUGAGCAGCAGGCUGAGACAGAACAACAAACAACUCAACUUCAGCAACAAAUACAGUAGCUAGAGGAGGAACACGCACACAUGAAAGAUGAGAGCCCAGCUUCAGAGAGACCUGCAGGAAAAUAUGGACAUGGUCAUACAGGUCCAGAGGACAUUAGUACAGCAGCAUAAUCUGAACACAGAACAGCAGGCUGAGAGAGAACAACAAGAGGCCCUACUUAAACAACAUCAUCUGAACACAGAACAGCAGGCUGAGAGAGAACAACAAGAGGCCCUACUUAAACAACAUCAUCUGAACACAGAACAGCAGGCUGAGAGAGAACAACAAGAGGCCCUACUUAAACAACAUCAUCUGAACACAGAACAGCAGGCUGAGAGAGAACAACAAGAGGCCCUACUUAAACAACAUCAUCUGAACACAGAACAGCAGGCUGAGAGAA